AACUCUGACAAUGACGCCGGUUUUCGUUGGGCUGAUAUCGGAAGAAUUCUUGGAAUCUCUGGAAGAACUUUGCGCCAUCGAAGACAUGAACCUGGGUUGCCAGUUGGUGUGGGAGAGAAUUUCAGUGAUGUCUCCAACGAUGACCUUGACGAAUAUGUGAGGGAAAUUCUUAAAGUGACACCAAGCGCUGGUCAACGCCUGGUUGAAGGGGGCUUAAGGAAAAGGGGCUUCCGAAUCCAGUGCCAUCGUAUUCAGGAAUCUAUUCGAAGAGUGGAUCCGGUUAUUCGCACUUUAAGAGCAGCGCAGCAGAUAAUUCGUAAAGUGAACAGUGUGCCAUGCCCCAAUGCGUUAUGGUAAAAUAAACGAAUUCUUUGAAGCGCUAUUUAGUUAACACUAACUACACCAUUAGAGCCCACCACCCCUCUUUUCAAAUAGUUUGUUAUUUCUCUAAGGGCAACACCCCCCUGGGGGGACUCCUGUAUAAAAAGGACAGGGAUGCUUGUUAUACUUUUUAGGGUUUAAAAAUACAGGUUUGGUACCUCUUAUGGUGGUCAGUUCCAAAGGUCCACAGCGGGAGCUUUUGUGCUAUCUCUUAGGUAGGGUCUUGAACAGAAAAAAAUGACAGCUAGGGUUAACUGUGCUGUAUCAGAAUUGUUUCCUCUUAGAGGUGAAAAGUAUAUUAAGCUAUGCCAAUAAAACAGGAUCUUGAUACCUUUUAAGGGUUCUUUUCAAAAUUUGUGACAAGCACUCCUUUCCUUUUUAUAUGGGAGUUCCCUCCACACAGGGGCAACACUGGUUUAAAUCUGUGAUACAAGGGAGGUCAGGCUGUAAUUUUGAUGCAUGAGUAUUAAUGCCAAUUCAACUCACGAUUUGAGAUACUUUCCCCGAUUCUAUUUAGCCCCCUCACUAAUCACCCUAACCCAGUUUCCCAGCCCCCACCUUCCCCUGAUCAUGAUAUUAUGCUCAAAAUUCCUACCUAUCACGCCUGUUACUCAUGGGUGAUCACAAAAUGCCUCUUGUUGAUGUUAUGAUUAUUAUUUUUGUUAUUGUCAUUAUAAUUAUUACCACUAUUACUCAGAUAGGCAGAUUUAACUUUUUUUACAUACCAUAUUUAACCUGACAUAUAUGUGAUAGUGUAGUGGAACAAAUGUCUUCAUGGUGUCCAACAGGGGCAUUGAUGGCAACCACAAACUAAUCCAGCCAUAUAAAAUUGUCAUUCAUGGUGGUUUAGAUGGUUUUUCAAGAAUGAUAGUAUUCCUUCAGGCAUCAACCAACAACAGGGCUUUAACUGUACUGCAGUAUUUCCAGUCAGCUGUUGAGCACUACAAUUUACCAUCAAGAGUUUGCAGUGAUCUUGGAAUGGAAAACAUAGAAGUUGCUCGCUUCAUGCUGCAAGAAAGAGGUUUGAAUAGAGGCAGCCACAUCACUGGAAAAUCUGUUCAUAACCAGAGAAUAGAGCAUCUCUGGUAUGAUGUCAACUGGGUUAUUGUGAGCCACUCUUUGAACAUUUUCCUCUUUCUUGAGCACAGUGGAAUUUUAGAUCCAACAGAUGAGGUGCAUCUGUUUUGUAUUCAUCUAGUUUACAUUACACUGAUUAAUAAUGCAAUUAACCAAUUUAUCAGUCAGUGGAAUAAUCUUCCUGUAAGCACACAAUGCAAUUUCUCUCCCAAUCAGCUCUGGAUACAAGGAAUGUUACAUUUCAGAAAUUCUGGGUAUAAGGCUGUGACAGAUGUGACUGCCAGCAAGGCUGUUGAUUUAUUCAGUCAUUAUGGGAUUGGUGAAGAAGGGCCUGUACCUGACAUGCAGAGUGACUAUGCAGUUUUGGUACCUGACACAAUUACUAUUCUGACACAUAACCAAGAAUUGUCACUGCAAGAAGCUAAAGAUGCAGUCUUCCAAACUGGUGAUCAUGAUGGAAUCAUAGCUUUCCAAGUGGUAUUGCAGAUUUCCUCUUUUUAUUUAAACUGCUGUUCAUGA